GCACAAGAAGUCCCCACAAAAGAGAUAACCAUCAGAGAGAGAGAGAGAGAGAGAAAUGGGAAGAGCUCCUUGCUGUGACAAAGCAAAUGUGAAGAAAGGACCAUGGUCACCAGAAGAAGAUACAAAGCUCAAAGAGUAUAUAGAAAAGCAUGGAACUGGUGGAAAUUGGAUUUCUCUUCCUCAAAAAGCUGGUCUAAGGAGAUGUGGAAAAAGUUGUCGAUUGAGAUGGCUUAACUAUUUAAGGCCAAACAUUAAGCAUGGAGAAUUUUCAGAUGAAGAAGACAGAAUCAUUUGCACUCUUUAUGCUAAUAUUGGAAGCAGGUGGUCAAUUAUAGCUGCUCAAUUACCAGGAAGAACUGAUAAUGAUAUCAAAAACUACUGGAACACAAAACUAAAGAAGAAACUCAUGAAUCUUCUUCCUCAAUCUCAUAACACAGUUUUACCAUAUCUAACCUCUUCUUCAUUUCCUUCUCAUUGCACCUCCUAUUUCAACCAAACACCAACAAACACAUCUUUCACAACAUCCCUUGAACAACAAUUUUCUGUUCCUUCAUCAAGUAGCUCAAUCUCUCUCCCUUUUUACCAUAACCAAGAGUCUUUACUCAAUGGUUUUAGUAGUAAUACUAAUACUAAUAUUUCCAUGCAAUAUCAACUUCAAAACCCUAUGAUGAAAGAAAGUCUUGUCAUGUUUGGAAGUGAGGGAAGUUGUUGCAGUUCAUCUGAUGGAAGUCUUGGGAAACAAGAAGAAAUAAUGGGGUUUCAGAAUUUCAUGCAAAUCAACAAGUUCAAUCUUAGUCAUGGAAGUGAUGUUGUUGAUGUUAAUAACCAAUGGGAAAGAGAAAAGGUGAAUUUAUGCUUUAGUCAAAAUCAUGAAAAGCAAAUUACUAGUACGACACCUUUGGAUUAUGAUCUUGAGUAUAUUAAGCAAUUAAUUAGUAGUAAUAGUGGUAGUUGUAAUAAUGGUUACUUGAGUAUUGAUGAAAAUAAGAUGGAGGAGAAGACUAUGUACUAUUACUGAACUGAUGAGUGGAAGUGAAAUCAGAAAGAUAUGUUUCAGUGAGAGAGGUAUGGUGUAUGGUAGUGUGGAAGACUCAGAAAAGACAAUUUAAGCUAAUUAUUAUUUUUAUGGGAUUCUGUGUUCUUUUGAUGAAAUUAUUAGUAGAAAUUUCUUAUUUUGAUGGUA